CCUGGUUCUUAACGGAAGUAGCCCGGGAGGCCCGCGCCAGAGAAAGCCGCCCGCCUCCGGUCAGUUCCGAGUUCUCGUGGCUCUGGGUUCCUGUGGUGGCUCCCAAAUUCCACUUCCCAGGGCUAGGUCUGGCCGAGCGCUGAGCGCGCACCGCCCUACCGUACAGGCACCUGUGUUGCUAACAUGUGAAAAUUACCUGAAAAAAAAAAGCCGAGAGAAAACCCUGGGUCCUCAGUGUCAGCAUGGAUUUCUCCUAUUGUUGGGGGGUGGAGAAUCAUCAGCAGCGUUAAAUGUAUUACCACCCACUUUUGAGAUGGCUUCCUUGCAAAGAAAAGGACUGCAAGCAAAGAUUCUUACCUCUGAAGAAAAAGAGAAACUGAAAAGUGAACAAGCUUUGGUGUCUGGUUUUAAACAGCAAAAACUGGAAAACGAGGCCCAGAAGAACUGGGAUCUUUUUUACAAAAGAAAUAGUACCAAUUUUUUCAAAGACAGACACUGGACCACCAGAGAGUUUGAGGAGCUAAAAUCAUGUAGGGAGUUUGAAGGUCAAAAAUUGACUAUUCUUGAAGCUGGCUGUGGAGUUGGGAACUGUUUAUUCCCGCUUUUAGAGGAAGAUUUGAGUAUCUUUGCCUAUGCCUGUGAUUUUUCUCCAAGAGCGGUCGAAUAUGUUAAGCAAAAUCCAUUAUAUAAUUUGGAGAGAUGCAAGGUAUUCCAGUGUGAUCUCACUAAAGAUGACCUUCUGGAUCAUGUACCACGAGAGUCUGUCGACAUUGUCAUGUUGAUAUUUGUGCUGUCAGCUGUUCACCCUGAUAAGAUGCACCUUGUCUUACAAAACAUUUACAAGGUAUUAAAACCAGGGAAAAGUGUCUUGUUCCGUGACUAUGGGCUGUAUGAUCACACCAUGCUUAGGUUUAAAGCCAGCAGCAAACUUGGAGAAAACUUUUAUGUUAGACAAGAUGGAACCAGAUCGUAUUUUUUUACUGAGGAAUUCCUGGCUCAGCUUUUCGUGGGAACAGGUUAUGAAGAAGUGGUAAACGAGUAUGUGUUCCGAGAGACAGUGAAUAAAAAAGAAGGCCUAUGUGUGCCAAGAGUUUUCCUCCAAAGUAAAUUUCGAAAACCUCCACGGGACCUCAGCCCUGCGACCUUGUAUCACCAGCCUUCCAGCACAGACCCUUCAGCCUCUAUCACAGACCCUCUGAUCCAUCACAGAUCAAGGCUUCGAUCACAGCCUCCUGAUAUGGACUCCCACAGGACACUACAGUGAGCUCCAAGCCUUCGACUGGAUCCUUCUGAUCCCCAUUGUAGACAGACCUUGUGCACUCUCCCAUAUCUGACUCUGCAGGUGGCCAUUGUAAUCCAGUCUUGUAAAUUCUUAUGUAUUUGUAUAUCUUGCAUUAAGUCUGUUUCUCUAGUAAGCAUUGACUGAUACACCUCUUGUCCUUUAAGUUGUGGGUGACAGUUACCUUGUCCUAGUGAGGAAGAAAGUGACAGAGACAGAUUAUGGUUCCAGAGAAGUAGGGUUAUCAUUGUGACUACCUGACCAUGUGGUUCAGAAGCCUUUGGAAUCAGUUUGAGGGAGCAGUUGGGAAAGGUUUAGAGCAGCUAGCUGGAGAAGAAGCCCUAGAAUUCUGUAGGGCAUGCUUGAUAGGAGAUUCUGGUCUGAGCUCAGAAAAACAGAUUGCUGAGAGAAAUGUGGAAGGUAGAUAUAUUGAAGGUGCAGAGAGUAGAGAGACCACAUGGGUAGGCUUUGUGUGAUCAACAAAGCUGUUUAUUUCACACUCAGGCAGGAGCAGGCUGAGUCCAAAAAGGGAGUCAGCAAUGAGCAAGAGGAGAGCGAAGAUUUUUUUUUUUUUUUGGUACCGGGGAUUGAACUUGGGACCUUGCACUUGCAAGGCAGGUGGUGGAACCACUGAGCUAAAUCCCCAGCCCAAGCAAAAAUUUUUUAAGGGAGAGGUUAAGGGGAAGGUGGUUGCCAGGCAUUGGAGGUGGUUGCCAGGCAUCAGUCAGUCCAAGGAGCUACUGCCUUGAAGAGUCUGGGGGCAGAGAUAGUGUAGCCACAUUCUUCACUCCUUGGAAUGGGCAGUGGUCCAGAUGUUUCCUGAAGGUGAAGGUGGUGUAUGACUUGAAGGUGAGGGCCUGAGGAAACCAAGGAAGAUCAAGGCAGACCAAAUGAAGGAAGUGGGUGAAGCAGCAGGAUAGGCAGGGACAGGACAUUUAGGUGUCUUCUGGAAUUUUGGACAGCCUGAGGGAAGUUGUGAUUUCCAUGAGGAGGGGCCAGGCAAGUUAUCAGCAGGACACAGCUUUACCUGGGAGUGAUGUACCCACUGGGGAGAGUCUCGUAGACAGAGGGGAUGACUUGUAGGAGGGGCUGCUGAGGAAGAGGUCAUCUACAUACUGUAUGAGAUGAGAGGAAGAGGGGUGAAAGAAGAGCAAACCAUGGGCAAAGGCCUCACUGAAGUAAUGGGGGCUGUCCCGGAAACCCUGUGGCAAGGUGGCCCAGGUCAGCUGUUGGGGCUGACCAGUGUCAGGGUCUGUCCAGGUGAAGGUGAAAAGAGGCCGUGAGGAAAGGUGCAGGGAGAUAGUGAAAAAGGCAUCUUUUAGAUCUAAGACAGAGCAAUGAGUGGUAGACGGAGGAACAGAGGACAGAGGGUGUCGGGGUUUGCCACCAUGGAGUGUAUGAGAGGGAAAAUCUGACUGAUAGCAUGGAGGUCUUGCACCAAUUUGUAAGUGCCAUCUGCCUCUGUACAAGGAGAGUUCAGGAGUUGUAAGGGGAGUUGGUGGGGAUGAAGAGACUAUGUCAUAAUAGGUGAGAAAUGGUAGGUUAUAAGCUCUGCAAAGCCAGGUCGGGGAUGGGACACUGUCAUUGGGCAGGGUCCAGGUGGUCUGGCAUGAGAGGGAUAGCAAGCAGUUGUUGAGAUGAAGCCAGGAACAGAGUGGAAGUAUCCCUGACCCUAGCGUUGAGAUGAGGGGCAAUCAUAGGAGCAGGGGGUUGCUGAGGAGGAGACGUUAGGGCAGCUGUAAGUAUUGGUCGUGUCCCGGGGAUGGUUAGAGUAGCUGACAACUUGGUUAAGAUGUCUCACCCUAAAAGGACAAGACAGGUGGGGAUGACUAAGAAUGAGUGUGGGAGAAGGUGUCGAGCCAAAUGACACCAGCAUGAGGGGGUUUUGAAAGGUCUGAAAACUUUGCUGCCAGUGCCCACAAUAGUAGUCAGGGCCAGAAAGAUCAGUCCUUGGAAAGAAGGAUGAGUGGAAUAAGUGGCCCCUGUGUAGACCAGGAAAGGAAUGGACUUACCUUCCACUGUAAGUAACCCAAAGUUCAGCAUCUGAGAUGGGCAGGGGGCCCCUCUAAGGCCUUCAGGCAGCUUCAGUUUCAUUGGUCAGGCCAAGAAGGUCUGGGAAGGAGCCGCUUGGGGGUCCCUGAGAUCAUGACCCAGAGGUGGCUGCCAGCCUGGGACAGUCUGACUUCCAGUGGGGUCUCCCGCAGUAAGGACAUGGCUUGGGAGGAAUCCCAGGUGGCAGCAUCUCCUAGCCCAGUGACUUCUAGUGGUAUUUGAAGCAUGGCCUUGAAGAGAUGUUUCUGGUCAGGGGUGCCUUAAGACCCGCUGUGGUCAACCAGUGGUUGACCUUGAGGGCUUCUUACAGCAGAGGACAACGUCUGCAGCUCAGAGGAGUCUGGGGGCCUAGAUAGUGUAGCCACACUCCUCGUAACAGGCAGCAUUCCAGAUGUUUCUUGGAACCAAGGGUGGUGUAGCUGUACUCAGACUUCCUGGAACCGAGGGCUAGGGCAUGGUGCUGCACAGCUGCCUUUCCCUGCAGACCUGAUGGUAUCCUGUUCAGGUGGGAACAAGGACUGCAUUGACAGUAGGAUUUUUUAGUCCAUGUGUGUUAUGCUGUAGCAGAAAAUUUGUUUCCAUUUUGCUCAUGUCCAGAGCCUUGGUGGGCGACUGACUAAACAUGGUAGAUUUUAAUCUGGUAAAGGAAAUUUCAAGGCAGCCUAAAAUUCAGGCUGUAGUAUGGAUACUGCUUGCUGCUUUUAGCCAGGUUUAUACUGAAAAUUGGGAGGAAAAAGCCCAUUUGAUAAGUUUACAGUUUCCCCAGAAAGGAAGGACCUAUAAAGUUGGAGCAGAGGAGAGCUUGAUUACUAAAAUGAUUAGCAUUAAAAAGAAGCCAAAUAUGGGCGAGGGAUUUAGCUCAGUGGUGCCGGUGCCUGCCAUGCAAACGCAAGGUCCUGAGUUCAAUCCCAGAUACAGAAGGAAAAAAAAAAAAGAAAAGAAGCCAAAUACUUUGGAUAAGGACAAUAGGAAAAAUGGCUUGGGUGCAUUACAAGAAUUAGCAAGACCCCUACCUUCACAGAUUCCUCACAGUGCAGGUUGUAAGGAUUUGCUUUGAGAGUAGAGUCCCAGGGCACCCUGCUUGAGAAGGGCAGCCUAGGGCAUUGGUUCCCAGGGAUUCAAGUCACAAUGCUCAGCCAUACAGGAAUUCAGAGGCCAUUGCAGCCUCAAAUCUAGGUGGCCUGGCUAUUGCUUAAGCUGGCCCAAGACCUUGGCAUCAUUUAUGUAGGGCUAGUUUUACAGGCAUGCAGAAGCAAGAGUUGUGGGAUCAGAGAGCUUUCCAUCCAGGUUUCAGAAGACCUCGAAGACCAAGCAGUGUGCCCCUGAGAAGGCAAUUUGUGAAGCUGUGAGAUGAAGCCAAAAGUGCAAGUUGGAAUUUCCAGAAUCAUGGAAUACCUAAGGAAAGCCACAAGGAAUCAGGAAAGCCAGCCCAAGAGGAAAGCCAUGAGAGCUACAACCAUUGGCAAUGCUGUAAGGACAGGACCGCCUAAGCCCUUUAGAGUUCGCAUCUUGCCACAGCUUGCCCUGGGUGCUGGACAUGGAAUGUCUUAAUUGUUGUUUUCACUGCUGAGAGAAAAUAUCCAACACCCAAAGUUAAGAAGGAAAGGUUUUAUUUCAGCUUACAGUUUAUAGAGGUUUUAGUACAUAGUUGGCUGUCUCCAAAGCAGGGUGACAUGGCAGAGGGCCAUUGCAGAAAAAAAACAAUCCAUGGCAAAGCAGGCAGGAGGCAGCAAGCAGCAAGCAGCAGCGAGCCUGUCUUUCCUUUCUCCCUUUAUAUUCAGGGAGAAUAUAUCCUUUAUAUCCAGGUGUCACCCACACCCAGGGAGGGGCUUCCAUUAUCCACAUCCUUAAUCCCAGUAUCACACCCUUUACCCACAUUCACACACCCUAAUCCAACCACCUUCAAAACUCCCCACCUAUGAUCAUACGAGGUUUUGGGGAGACAUCUAGAUACAACCCAUGACAUGGAGCAUGGAGUUACAGGAUUUAAUGUUUGCCCUACUGGAUUUCAGUCUUACUUUGGUCCCAUUGGUUUUAAUCUCCCUAGUCCUUCCUUUUGAAAUAGGAGUAAUGUCUUAGUUACUUUUCCCUCAUUGCUGAGACAAAAUACCUGACACCCAAA